ACGGGGCGGAGUCAGAGGUGGAAGUUGACUGGUGAAAACAUGGUUGAACACGCUGAAAUCCGCGUGGUUCAUCGAGGUGGCAGUAAAAUUAACUUCAGGCAGCCUGUCAUAAGUAAUGAUUCAAGGUUCCUGUUGUGUGCUUCAGGAGAGAGUGUUAAGGUGUUCAGCACCUCCACAGAGGAGUGUAUCCAUGACCUGCGGGGACACACCGACCUGGUGACAGGUGUGCUGCUCAGACCUUCCAACCAUCUGCAGGUCUACUCCUGCUCAACAGAUGGCACUGUCAGACUUUGGGACUUUACAGACGGCAUCCUCAUAAGGACUUAUGUCAUCGGCCACCCAAUCUACUCCAUAUAUGGAUCUGCAAACCAUGACGGGGUCCUCUUUGUUGUUACUGAGAGGCAAAGUAACAAAGGACCAGAGUUGUUCCAGCUGGUUGCGCUACAUCUGCCGCAGUGUGGAGAUCAGCUGGUGGAGGCCAGAGAGCUUUCUGCUGUGCUCAACAACUGCAGCUCCAACCCUGAGGCCGUCGCCUUUGGUAGACUGGGAGAAUAUCUGGUUUCAGCUAAAGAAUUGCAGCUGGAGAUCUACUUCUUCAAGAAGCAGAAGUCUUUCAGGUUUUUCCUCAAAGAAAGCAACAAGAAAGGAGCCAGGAACAAGUUCACAUGCGUCGCCUGCCACCCACGAGAUGACUGCAUCGCCACGGGGCACGAGGACGGCAAGAUCCGGCUGUGGAGAAAUUUCAACCACAACAAGGAGUACACAUACUCCACCCUUCACUGGCACCACGAUGCUGUGGGCUCGCUGUGCUUCACCCCAGAAGGCACCAACUUGCUGAGUGGAGGUUUGGAGUCGGUACUUGUUCAGUGGAGAUACAACCAAGAAAGCCAGCGGGACUUCCUGCCCCGCCUGGGUGGUGCCAUCACACACAUCACCGUCUCACCCGACGGAGCUUUGUUCUGCACCUCUCACACUGACAACAAAAUCAUGAUCAUCCAGAGCUGUGUUAAAGUGUCGGCUGUCAUUCAGGGCCUGGUCAAAGGUGAAAAUGUCAGGACAGACUUGAUUGUGGAUCCACGCAGCAAAGCUUUGGUGCUGAAUGGAAAACCAGGACACCUUCAGUUUUACUCGCUCCAGAGAGACAAACUGCUGUACAACCUAGACAUCGUCCAGCAGGAGUACAUUAAUGAAUCAGGCCUGGAGCAGUUCGAGGUGGUCACAGCAGCGUUCGACGCCUCUGGCAGCUGGUUGGCAACGGUGGAGGAAAGAAAACAGAAAGCUGCUGAGCUGGAGCUUAACUUAAAACUGUGGGCGUUUGAUGAACAGACACAGAGUUUUGUGCUGAACACGACCAUCUCGGCUCCCCACGAGGGACAGAUUACAGCCAUGUGCUUUGACCAAGCAGCCAACAGCCAGACCACCCUGCUGGUCUCCACCAGCAGAGAUGGACACUUCAAAGCCUGGCAGCUGGCUGCAGCAGCCCACACAGAGCAGGAUGAAGGGCCCUCCUGGUCGUGUGAGUUCGUCGGGGCCUAUCACAGCCUGGUACCUGAAUGCUGCUGCUUCUCAGCCGACGGCUCUCUGCUGGCCGUCAGCUUUCAGGAGGUGGUGACCCUGUGGAGCCCGACCUCCUGGGAGCUCCUGGUAACGCUGUCCCAGCCGCCAGGACCUGUCAGGAAUCUUUGUUUUGGGAGACUGAGCUGUUCAAAGUAUCUGCUGGGAACCACCACCAGUCAACUGCUCUGCUGCUGGAACCUCCUCACAUGCUCCUUGGAGUGGAGCACGUCCAUGGACAUCAGCCUGCUGCUGGCUGACCCCCUCUCUGAGAACAUGGCUGCCUUCUGCUUUCAAGCUGGAGCCACUGAUUUGUUUGUGUUCAGGCCCAAUGAACCUCUGCCGCUGUUUUCCCAUAAGGCCGUGUGUUCUGGGAAAGUAACUCGAGCCAUUUUCGCCCCAAGGGAGAUGAUGCUGGAGAGCUGUGAGGAGAGCAGCCAGUGGCUCAACUGCUCUCAGCUUUACUUCAUCACACGGUACAUGGACCUCCUGGCGUUUACCACCAAAGCAGAGGAGGACAGGCUCAAUGCUUCCAGCAAACAGCUUGCUAUUGAUGACAGCGUCGCCAUGACACCAUUCUAUCUGUUGCUGGGGAAACAUCGGGAUCAGCCACAUGAAAAUCCGGAGCUAAUGAGCAGCCGGUCUGCCGAGAGAACGGCUCUGCCUCAGAGCUCUGCUGCCAUCAAAGAGCUUCUGCAGACCCCGGCCCACGUCCUGCCCUCCACCUCUUUCCUCUGCUCCAUGUUCGUACAGUCCCUGCUGGUCUCCGUCACAGACCCCAGCCUCAGGGAGGAAAACAAACAAGCAGAGGAGGAAAUGGAGAGUGAAAAAGAGGAAGAGGAUUCAGAUGGGGAAAUGGAAGCCAGAGUCCCGAGACCAGAGCAGGCAUCAUCGGGGGGCCCGGAGUCCACCACCCCCACCUUAACUAAAGCUCAGGUUAAGGAACUGAGAAGGGUGAAGAAACUGGACCACAGCUGGCUCGCAGGCCUCCUGGACUCCUGAAAACCACUGCAUGUAAAAACAGACACUCGUACAGAUGCGGCGCCUACAGGAAGCUUCCUGCAGACAUUUUGGUUUGAUUGUUUUACUGUUUGAUGCCAUCAAGUGAAAGUGGAUUUCUCCAGGACAGGAAAAAGGCAGUGCCCAGGAGGAAGCAGAUUACUGCAAAAAUUGAACCCAAAACAAAUGUUGGAAAAGCGUCUGCUGCCUUGGCAGGACUGCAUGGUCUGUUGAACAAUAGAAAUUCCUCCCGUUAAAAGCGCCUUCGUUGUGCAACAGCAGAGUCACAAAUAAAACUCUGAAAGCCUGCCCUACCAGAAAAUUCACAUUACUGUUUUCUAAGCCAUUCCUGUCCAGCUUUAGGUUAUGUUUGCAGUCUUUGUCCUAUUUGAAAUUAAAUAUUUUUUUCCACUU